AUCCAUAAUUCCAUUGAACUGGGCACACAAAAACUGCCACAUAUGUCACUGUAUGCUGAAAAAGAGCCAGCAGCAAUGGAUCAAGAAUCCAACAAAGCUGCUUGGCCCAAACCAGCAGGUGGAUAUCAGACAAUUACAGGCAGGAGAUACGGAAGAAGACAUGCAUAUGUCAGUUUCAAACCGUGUAUGACCAGACAUGAAAGAAGUUUAGGCCGGGCUGGUGAUGACUAUGAAGUGUUGGAGCUAGAUGAUGUUCCAAAGGAAAAUUCCUCAGGUUUCAGUCCAUUGGAUCAAGUCCAUUCAUCUUUACCCUGUGAGCCUUUAUUUCAAAAUGGUGAAACAGAAAUUUCCAUUUGUGGUACAGCUUUGGAUCAAACCACCACUGAGAGCAGCCCAUCCUUUGCUGUAGUAUGUCAUAGUGAGGAAGGCAGAGAGAACUUAGGAAGCAGUACAGAUCCUCACAAUCACUCUGAGGGUGAAUAUAUUUCAGAAGCUUGUAAUGCUUCAGGUGUCCAAAAUGAAAAUGCGGUGGUUCAUACUGACUGUUACAAUCCAGAUGCCAAACAUGAAGAGGAUAAUAACCAGCUUUCUGCAGAAGUUGUAGAAGGCAGUAGAUACCAGGAAGCAUUGGGCAGUACAAUGUUUAGGUUGGAAAAUAGAGAAGUAGAGGCAUACACAGGCAUUUCACCAUCAAUUCCCUCUCUUAACUGUGAAAUAAGAGAAGUAUUUGAAGAGUUAGAUUCAACACCUUUAGUGAAAAAUUCUACUGGUGAUGCUGAGUUUGCCCAUCAGAAUAACCAGGAAUGUCAGAGCUCUUCUUCUGAAGAUGAAGUUGUUAGAAAGAAACAACAAAAUGACACUAGCCAGGAGAGACAGAAAGAAAAUUCAGCUGAAGAUUCAACCUGGGCUUCAGGCCAUAUUUGUAGUGAACAAAAUACUAGUGAUAGGGAAAACAACCAGGCAAGGUCUCCUGAACAGGUAGUGAGGCCAAAAGUUAGAAAAGUGGUAAGUUCUAGUCAAGUGGACCUAGAAACAGGUUUUAAUAGGCAUGAGGCUAAACAAAGAAGUGUUCAGAGGUGGAAGGAGGCUUUGGAAGUUGAGGAAAAUGGCUCAGAUAACCUCUUAAUAAAAUGUGACGACUACCCUGGAGAGCAUGACUGUAUGUUCUUAGACCCACCUUUCGGUGGAAUUAUACGAAUAGAACCCGAACAGCGUGAGCCAAUACCGCAAAAUGGAGCCAGAGCAAGAAGGCCGGAAGUUGUGAAUAACACCUUUUGGAAUGGAGAUUAUUACCAACUGUACGACAAAGAUGAAGAAGAUAGUUCAGAAUGCAGUGAUGGGGAAUGGUCUGCUUCUUUGCCUCACCGAUUUUCUGGUACAGAAAAAGAUCAGUCCUCAAGUGAUGAAAGCUGGGAGACUCUGCCAGGAAAAGAUGAGAAUGAACCUGAACUACGCAGUGAUAGCAGUGGCCCUGAAGAAGAGAACCAAGAAUUAUCGCUUCAGGAAGGAGAACACACAUCCCUGGAAGAGGGAGAAAUUCCUUGGUUACAGUACAACGAAGUCAAUGAAAGCAGCAGUGAUGAGGGAAAUGAGCCUGCCAAUGAAUUUGCACAACCAGAAGCUUUCAUGUUGGAUGGUAACAAUAACCUUGAGGAUGACUCCAGUGUAAGUGAAGACUUGGAUGUGGACUGGAGUCUGUUUGAUGGAUUUGCAGAUGGACUAGGAGUUGCCGAAGCUAUUUCUUAUGUGGAUCCUCAGUUCCUUACCUACAUGGCGUUAGAAGAACGCUUAGCCCAGGCUAUGGAGACUGCCCUGGCACAUUUAGAGUCUCUUGCAGUGGAUGUGGAGGUGGCCAAUCCACCAGCUAGUAAAGAAAGCAUUGAUGGCCUUCCAGAGACCCUUGUUCUUGAAGACCACACUGGUAAGGGAAAAAUUGAAUGCAUUUGUCCUGCCUUCUUCCUACAGUCGGGGACGUGUCCUGUGUGCCGUCGUCAUUUCCCACCUGCCGUUAUUGAAGCCUCGGCAGCUGCCGCCUCAGAGUCUGAUCACGAUUCUCCACCUUCCACCCAGAGCACUGCAGACACUUCCUAA